AUGCCUGAACCUAAAGCUGCUCCUGCUCCUGCUCCUAAGAAGGGCUCUAAGAAAGCCGUUUCUAAGAGCCAGGCGAAGGGAGGAAAGAAACGCAGAAAGUCCAGGAAGGAAAGUUAUUCCAUCUAUGUGUACAAGGUACUGAAGCAAGUUCAUCCCGAUACGGGCAUUUCUUCAAAGGCAAUGGGAAUCAUGAAUUCGUUUGUGAACGACAUCUUCGAGCGCAUUGCCGGAGAGUCUUCUCGGUUGGCUCAUUAUAACAAGCGCUCCACUAUUUCUUCCCGGGAGAUCCAAACUGCUGUGAGGCUCCUGUUACCUGGAGAGUUGGCCAAGCACGCUGUGUCCGAGGGCACCAAAGCAGUUACUAAGUAUACCAGCUCUAAGUAAACUGCCCGAUUUCUGCUUAAAACCAACGGCUCUUUUCGGAGCCACCCACAUUUUCUC